CCCGCUGCCCGCGGUUCCGCCAUGGCGGCGCGGUGCCGGCCGCUGCAGGUGGUGGACACGGAGCUCAGCGCCGAUGCCGUGGAAUGGUGCCCGGUGGAGGGAUGGCAGCGCCUGCUGCUCUGCGGCACCUACCGCCUGCGGCCCACUGACUCCCAAGGAAGCAAUGGGGUCUGUGACCGGACAGGGCGCCUCUACCUGUACCACUACAAUGAGGAGCAGCCUUACAGCCCACUGACUGAAAUCCAAAGGAUUGACACUGCUGCCAUCCUGGACAUCAAAUGGUGCCACGUUCCUGUUGCAGAACAUCCCAUGGUUGGCAUUGCAAAUUCCGCAGGUGCUGUGGAGUUUUGCCACCUGACUGGAAGUGAGAAGAACAGCUGCAUGUUGGAGCCGUGCUUCAGGGUUGAUCUUGGCGCACAGUGUUUGGCCUUGUCUUUAGACUGGUCCACGGGACGAGAGCAAUGUGGCCGUCCUUUGAGAGUGAUCAGCAGUGAUUCCGUGGGGAAGCUGAAUCUCUUCUCCAUAGAUGAAUCUGCUCCUUCUGUGCAUGUCCUGAACCAGUGGGAAGCUCACAAAUUUGAGGCCUGGAUUGCUGCUUUUAAUUACUGGGACACCAACAUUGUGUAUUCAGGAGGGGAUGACAGCCUGCUGAAGGGCUGGGACACCAGGUGCAGCCCAGAGGCUCCCGUCUUCACCAGCAGGAGACACUCAAUGGGUGUGUGCAGCAUUCAGUGCAGUCCCCACCGGGAGAAUCUUCUGGCUACUGGCAGCUAUGACGAGCAUGUGCUGCUGUGGGACACUCGGAACAUGAAGCAGCCGCUGGCAGACACCCAUGUUGAAGGAGGAGUUUGGAGGCUGAAGUGGCAUCCAACCUGCGAUUUCGUGCUGUUAGCAGCCUGCAUGCAGAGCGGGUUCAAAAUCCUUGACUGCCGUGGCAGCUUGGCGGAAAACAUGGAGGAAUGUGUCAUCCUGUCAUCCUAUGUCUUGCACAAUUCCUUGGCCUACGGGGCUGACUGGUCAAGGCUCUGUCCGAGGGAUUCCUUGACCCCAGCGCAGGACUCUGCCACUGCCUGCCAGUCUUUGGAGGAGCCUGUGGGAAGAUCAGAGGAAGGAGAUGAGAGACUGAAUUUGCAGAUCCAAAACCUGAAGAUAAUUUACGAGUCUCCUACAGCUACAUUUGAUGUGAUACUGGAUGAAGAGAGUGAUAGCCCUGCCUUGCCUCCCAGAGCAGAGGGGGGCCGUAAGCUCUCUGGGGGUCCUGGCCAGAAUAGUGGCCCUGGGAGCUCGGAUCUCAAUGGGAGCCCUGGCCGAGGGGCAGAUCCCAAGUCAGCCAGCAGUUCUGAGUCAGGAGCUCAGAGACCCAACAGAAUGGGCCUGGAUAAAAGCGGCAAUUCAGCCAGGUCCCUAGAUAGCCCAAAAGAAACGAGCAUUGUAGCAACUUGUUCUUUCUAUGACAAUAUCCUCCAUGUCUGGAAGUGGGAGAUGAGCUUGGAGACACCAAGUUCUGCAUCUCCAUCAGAAGGAGCAGUUGAUAGUUUGCACUGACUGGUCCCAAGGGAGAGGGGUGAGAAAACUCCUGUACCAAGAGCUACAGCUGAGCUUAUGCCUUGCCUCAUUUCUGUUGGGCUUUUCCAGUACUAUUGUUGUUUGAGCUUGUGAGUCUUUAGGCUGAUACGGAUGGAAUUACUGGUGUUUUGUUUUCAGCACUGAGGAAAGCCUUUGCUUUGCGAGGUGUAGUCAAGCACAGACACCUUUGUUUUGUUUUCCCUUACUGUACUUGUUCUAAGUUCCAUGUAGGAGAGCCUUCCUUGUGAAGGCUGUUUUUUUGUACCUUAUUUGAAACCCUUCAAGGCUGGUUUGCAUUUGCACGAUUGAUCUGCAAAGCCUGUUCUCUUUCCAUUACAAACCAAACCUGUUUGCGCUGCUACGUGCAGACAAACUACACUAUAGGAACUUUCCUGAGCUGCCUGGAAAAGCCCUCGAGUAGAGGCUUAGCUGUGUGCGUAGCUUGUGGUGUGGUCUGUAAACCGGUCUGUACCUUGAGCUGUUGCUUAAAGACAGAGCAGGUACUGACAGUGCAUCUUCAUUAAGGACACAUCAGUUUUGAGAGGGGAAUCUAAACUGACCGGUAUGUUCAGCGAUGGGAAGUUUUGUUUCGAGCAGGGCCUUUCUUGGAAGGGUUCUGGUGCACAUCUGUACAGCUGAAUUUUCCAUCAGACCCCUCACCUGGUUGCCAUCUCACUUCACCACUCUCCAAACCAAGCACAAACUGUUUAGCACAACCCCUUUAGUGAGCCCUACUGUGCUGUACUGCUGACCUCAGCCCCAUGGUAUCAGACUCCUCUUUCCUGCUCUCCACAUUGACACGCGUUGAGGGCCAAAGCCAAGAUCUUUCCGUUUUAUAAAGGUGAACAGCUUUAAGGACAAAACCUCCAAAAAAUACACGCAGUGUUUCCUGACAUCUUUUAAGUAAGUACAGAAACCAAAAUCUUCACAGCAUUGCCCUAACUACCUCCAGGAAUGGCUGCAGGAUUUCUCAUGGUUGCUCUGUUAGCUUUCUUUUUUCACUGUGAAAUAGCAGCAAAACGCUGUUUCUGGAGCACUCUCUCCAUUAUCUUCCCAGACACAAAAAAACCAGCUUAAAUUAGGGAAGUAACUUCUAGCUCGCGUGGUUUGUGGGUCCUAAUGAAUUGGUUGCUUGGAGGGAAAGAAACACCAGCAACAGGUAUGUGGCUGUAAUAGUGCUGCAUCUAAAUGAGGUACAGCAGAUCAGAGUUUUACUGCUUUGAAACUCCUUUUUCAAGGGUGAACAUGUAUUUUAGAAGAUGUUCUUGAGCGCUGUUACACUAAGGUUCAUAUUCGUAUUGUGAACAAGAGCUUUUGUUAAAAAAACACCCUAUUUUUGGAUGUUUCUA